AUGGGGAGCCGUGGCAAGCGAAUCGUCGAGAUAGGUCCCGAUGGAACGAGCGAAGGGAGCGAGGACGAGGCGUUCUGGGCGGAGCAGCCCGCGCACACGGCGAAUCGAGCAGAGCGGAGGGCGGACGCCAUGCGCGUGCUGGACGUGCAGUCGAACGAUGACGCGAGCGCGGUGGCGCAAGCGUAUCGAAAGUUAGCGCUGAGACAUCAUCCCGAUAAACACCGAGGGGAUCCGGACGCGGAACGGAAGUUUCGAGAGAUCGUCAGAGCGUACGACACGCUGACGAGGGAGUACGGACUGUCGGGCGAAGCCGCAGCGACGGGAUCGAUGCAAGAUAACUUUGCGAGCGCGGCAGACAUGCGUGAUUUUGCCGCGAGCUUUUUUGAGAGCUUUUUCUUCGGUGGAGGGUCGUUCGCGGGUGGUCGAGGCGGGGGCGGCGGUCGACGAGGGGAGUAUGACGACGCGAGCAGUCGCGACUACGACGACGACAGCGAGGGCGACUCUCUUCCUAGCUUGGAUGACUACGACGACGACGACUACACCGACGACGAAGAGUAUACGGAUUUACACAACUUCUUCGGGAGCGAUCCACCGCCAGGGUGGGCUUCGCGAGGGGCACCCGGCAAGUGGUUUGGACGUCCGGGGAGUAGUCAAGGGAGCGGGGGACGACCGUCCAUGACGGAUGAUCAACUCUUUGAGCACUUGGAACAAAUGCGUAAAGAAGCUGCGCGAUACGCUGCGGAGCUGGCGAAGCAAGAGAACGAGGCUCGACGAGCGAAUGAACCUCUGGAGAAGCUUCAACGCCCGACGCUGGUUUCGCGCACGGAUGACUCCAUUACGCUCAACUUGUACCGCACAAAAUCUACCACGCAAACCUUACCGCAAGACAGGUGCUGGGAGCUUAGCUUAAAGAAAGAAAAGGAGCACAAUUACACGGUGUUCACAUCCGUCAAAGGCAAGACUGUAAUUACGGUGGACGAUUUAUUACCGGGAACAAAGUACUGCUUCAAGGCUAGGGUAGGACGCGUAGACGAGUCCACCGGCGAGGUCACAGAAUGGGGCCCGCAUAGCGUAGAAAGUAUGUACGUGACGUCUGGUCGAGCGCCGGUAGGAAAUAGUGGGAAACAAUCCGUCAGAGCAGAACACGAAGAAGUGGUGACUGAAGCCGGUAUGGGGAAAAAGGCAAAAAAGCGCGCCGCGAAAGAGCAGGCCGAAAAGGAAGAGCGUGAGCGUCUUGCUGCUGCGGAGAAGGAAGGCAACACCACUGCAGCAGCAGUCGCAGAUGAAGCUGCGGCUCGUCAGGCUGCGCUGCGUAAAGCUGCGGAGGAGGCCGCUGAGCGGGAGAUGGCAGAGAUGGAGGCUAUUCGCAAGCGUGUCGAAGCAUCGAAGAAACCGGACGUCAAAGCGGCAGCUUCUGCGGGUGAAGGUAUCUCCAAGAAAGCAGCGCAGCGGAAAAAGAAGAAGGAACGCGCAAAGGCGGAGGAGUUAGCGAAAGAAGUCGAAUCUAGUAUGGGGUCAAUGCCGACGGAGACGGAUGAAGAGCUUGCCAGACGUUUGCAAGCCGAGGAGGAUCGUUCUUCGAUGUUAGGAAACAAGCACAUGAGUGCACCUAAACCACCAGUACCGUCGGGACCCCCGCCGUCUUGGGCGGCAGCUCCUGCGAUGCGAAUGCCAGUGAAGAAACCUGAGCCAGUAGCGGUGCGUGGGCCACCCUCGGGCGUGCCUCUUCCGCCGCAGUCGGCGCCUCCGCUAGGUCAGAGUAGAAUCCCCACACCACGAGCUGGUGAAGAAGGACACGCCCCUCCCCCUCUUCCACCAGGUCCUCGACCUCCGGCGUCGUAUGGUGCGGCUGCUCCUGCGCCGCCUCCUCGGCAUCGAGGUUCUCCGCCGCAAACCGGCGCUUGGGGCGUCGCGCAAAGCUCUGGAAUUAGCUCCGCGAGCACCUGGGGCGAGACGAGGCCUGCAGUAGCGCCAGUGGUUGCGCCAUCGCCGCAGCACGCUACGCCACCGCACCAGGCGCCGAGUCAACCCGCUUCUUGGAGUCCGGCGAACAGCAACUGGCAACCCAUGGGCGCCGGCAUGGGCGCUUUGCCCGUCGGCGAUGUAUUCGCAACGGACACGCAGCAAAUGCCUCCACCAUCCGCUGGUCUCUUCGUUGGCGGCUUGGAACAAAAUUGGAAUCCAUCUGUGGCGCCCGCCGCGCACUGGGGCGGUCAAUCAUCGUGGAACGGAGGCAGCGGCGCUCCACCGCCGGCUCAAGGCGCGAGCGGCGCCGACUGGGGCCUGGGAGGUUUAGGCGUUAAUGCCGAUCUAAAUGCUGGCACUCCGAGCUGGAGUGCGUUCGCCGGUACAUCCCCCACCGCCGGGCCUGUUUGGGAACACGGCGCCGCGGUGGACGUCGUCGUCGAGCGCGCGGAUGAUUUCGAUCGCGAUCGCGCGCGCGAGUGUGAGAUCUCGCUCGUCGGUCAAGGGGCGUGGAUGCGAAGCUCGAAACACGCGACGCUUGGGAAGAUUUCAUUCCGCGAAGGCGAAGGCGAAGGCGAACGCGAGCUCGACGAAGGGAAACUGACGUGGCGCGUGCCGGAAGACGUGCCGAGCGGAGAGUACGAACUGAAGGCGAGCGUGCCGAACUCACGACCGGCGAUCGAGACGACGACGCGGAUCGUGAUCUCUGAAAGGAUGAAGGCGCGACGGACGAGCGCGGGGACGUGCGAGGCGACGUGGGACGCGCGCGCGAUUCCCGGAGAUUACACGGCGGAAGAUGGAUGGAAACUGGCGAUUGAUAUCACGCCCGUGAUUGAAGAAGGAGAGGAUGUCAACGCAGUGGUGUCUCACGCGUUUAUACUCGCCGCAGAGAGUGGAUUGAAGACGCACACGAAGGAUGGGACGCGCAUCUUGUGCGACAUCUCAGAGGCUGAGCGAGAGAGUCGGCGCAAAACGUUGCGAUUGCUUCCCAACCGCGCUUGUGAUAUCGCGCUUUGCGCUUUUGGGGACGAGUCAGAUGCCAUGGCGGAUUACGUCACGUUGAGAGUUAGGGUGGACAUGUCGCAGACGAUGAUGGAAGUGUGCGCGAGUGGGCAUCCGUCGCAGACGAUUUCGUCGCGGAGCGUGCAUUCUGCAGACGGCUACUACUCCAGAAGUCCACCGAUUAAAUCGAUAGAAAAGAAACCGGACGGCGAAGAGCUAAAAGAUGUUACGAACAUUGACGAUAGGGAAGCGGUGCUGAAGGAUGACUUGAGCUUGGGUCGCUGGGCCGCAGAGGAGAGCACCGACGGGUGGCGACAGGAGCCUGGUUUGAAUGUUCUCGUCGUGCGCGCAGACGACUUCCAGCCAAUCUAUGAGUGUACAUGGGACACCAGCGGUGGUGCGCGUCGCGCGAAAGAAAUUGAGACGCAGUUACAGUCAUUCAUGAAGUCAUUCUUUGACGGCGGCGCCGUCGACGUGGCUCGAAAAAGCGUGCCAGAACAUUUUCUUUGCAUCACCACCUGUGGUCAAUGGAGCGGAGGGACGGCUAAAAUUAGCGAAAAAAUUUCAAAAGCGUUGCAACUCGUUCUCGUUGGAAUCCUAGGCUCGGACAAGGGCGACGAUGGCGUGAGCGCGCGCAUUCACAAAGCAUUGGCAGUUCCAGACAAGCCUCUUGCCAUCGCCGCUGUGUCUUAUGGGAGCGCUCGAGACGAAGUGCACACGUGGGUUGACGUGAGCGAACCGAAAGGCAAAGCGAUCAUCAAAACGUCGUUGAGCAAUUCCAACGGUGCGUGGUACCCUACGUUGAUCCAGCGCGGCGAAGGCGAGCACGCGUCUGAUUGGUACAUUCCUUGGAGAAAUUACGCGCGCGAAGGGUGGAGCGUAUUAAGUGAAGACGCGCGAGUUCAACGAUACUCACAACUGAUAGGCGAUAUACGACACAUGGUUUUCGAUGCCGAAAGUGGUUCUCGAGUGAGCGUGUACAAUUUGGUACGUGCACUCGUCAAAUACGCCUCACGGCGUAGUGGCGAUAAAUCGUUGGUACCGACGGUGGACAUGCUUCUCGUUGAAAUUAUUCUUUCGCGUGGAGCGCUGGCGGUUGUCGAGUGCGUCAAUGCUGGUGCGGUUGAGUAUGUCGUUGAUAGAGUGCUUUCGUGCGUGCGCGAAGAUGCCACCCACGACAAGUUGGAGGUGCUAGAUAAGGCGUACAUCAAAUCGCUUCUCAAAUUGCUCACCGUGGACGAUUUUGCGAUGUAUGCGGAAGGCAUUCGCAGAGGCGCCGCGGAUGCUGCAUUGCGCGUGAUUCAUGCGUUUUGGAACGGGAGUUCCACAUUCUUUGAUAGUAACUCGCGCGAGAUGCUCUCACAGCUAGCGGAGCACAUGGCGCUCACAGAUUUAGCCACUGUGCGCAUGGUUGCCAAAGACGAACACUCAAUGACUGCUUUUACCGCCAUUCGGUCGAGUUUAACUUGUGCGGCGCCUUACUCAGGAGAGAUCUCUGGCAAAGUCCACAUUCUAGACAUCUUGCCAGCGAACGAACAAGACGGACUGAUUGAGUUGCCGACAUCGCCGAGGACAAAUGAUGACGUCUCACCAGUAAUGACGCCGGCGCAGAAAAUAUUGCAGGCGUACGACGAAAUUUGGGAAGGCGGCGAGUCACCGGAUAAAGAUGGUGAUAAGGAGUGGACAAUGGUAGAAACCGGCGCCGAUCAAGUGAAUCAACCUGACAACGCAGCGUCAAGCUCGCUUCAAAUAGAGGAACCCGUCAUGCACACCCCAGAACCGAUCAAACGAACAAUGUCCGGACAGAUCGAGUCAGCGCCUGAGCAACCUCUCGACGGUAUAGUCAUUCUUUGUGCAAAAGGCGGCGACUGGAACACGCAUAUUUCGAUGAUUCGACAAGCUCCCAGACUCAUGUGGCGCGCUCGUGAACGCGGCGCUCGCGCUGUCAUUUUUACGUGGCCUCGACGCGGGUUGGCGUGUGUACCGGUUCAGCCGUUGUUAUCGAGUCCAAACUUCGACAACGUGACGAACAUUCCAAGCUUCGUCAUGUGCGCGGAGUCACUGACACGGUUGCUUCAGUUUUCCGAUGACUGCACUCUAAAAAUUGAGAUCCCUCCGAAUGGUCUGGUUGGCACCGCUGAAGCGCUCGCAAAGCGAAUCGGGAACCAGCUCAUGGCGGCGUGCGCAGAUCGACCACCGCCCAUGACGCCGUCUGUUACACCGCCAAUCGCCGGUCGUUUUCGCGGCCGAUUUAAGCACACUGAUGCGCAGACUCUUCUUCCACGUGAAGACGUCUCUUCACCGCGAACGCCUUCGGCGUCCACAGGAGAAGGCUUUGCUGCGGCUUUGAUUCGCAGAGUCACGUUUACGCAGUCCGGUGAAAGCAAAGAAGAACCGAAGGAUGAAGAAACCUACGUGCGCGAUGCCGAGAAGGAUGAACGUGACUUCGAAUCGCUUCGCCAUCUCAGUGAAAAAGUGGCGGCGCCCCCGAUGGACGAAAACUCGCAUCUCGACGCUUGGCGGAGCGCAAAUUUAGAAGGCGGCGUGUCGCGAUGGACGCGUGCCAUGCGACUCGUGAACGCGCUGGGGGAUCACGGAGUGCCAUUCAUGAAAGGCGCGUAUCCGGAUAACACCGGUGCAGAUGAUGAUGGACCGAUUCGUAUUCUGAGUUUGGAUGGAGGCGGCAUGCGUGGCAUCGGCACGCUCGUCAUGUUGGAACGCAUCCUAGAGGCUACGAAUAGUUGGUGUGUCGGAGACUGCUUCGACCUCGUUGUAGGCACUUCCACGGGUGGUAUCAUCGCUGUUGGUGCUGGUCUGCUUAGGAUGACGACCGACGAGUUGCACGAGCUGUACGUCAAGAUGGGCGAUGAGAUAUUCCCUAGAAAAGCCGACUCAUCCUUGACUCACUGGUACAACCAAACGACAAAGUUCUACCACCGCGGUCGAGAAGAGGCAAGAAGUUUUGAGACUAUGCUGCGCAAAGCGUUGCGAGAGGAAGCCGAAAAACCACUGUACAGUAUCACGUCCCAUCCACGUUGGUAUUCCUCGACUUCUCCGCCGCCGCACGUCUGUCUAGUUUCACACCUCGUGAGUCGGUCACCUGCCACAACGUUUCUGAUGCGUUCGUACAAACACGACGCGAGAGGCAAAAGCCAUCUCGGCCACUUGCCAGGCGAACAUCGUGCGAGCUUGUUGAACUCAAUUCGCGCGACGACUGCCGCGCCUUGGUUCUUGGAAGAGCUCAGGAUGAAGAAAGAAAUCGGGGGCGCUGGAGGUUUUGCACGAGAGCGUAAGUCUGAAGCCGAUAACGCGAACUCUCGCGCGUCGCCCAACGACGUGGAAAAGAAGCAGACUACGGAAGACCAUCGCCACGAUCAUCAAAGAGCACCGACAAACGUCAAUGCGGAGAUCCGAUUGAUCGACGGCGCCAUCGCGAGCAACAAUCCCACCGCCGUCGCGGUCUUUGAAGCGCGUCGCUUGUUCUCAAAAUCCCGACCGCUCUGCGUCGUUUCUCUCGGCACCGGUGCCGCCGUUCCAAACUCUCGCGACGCGCGUCUAUCCGGUUUCCCCGGUUGGCUCGACAAUACCAUCCACGCGUCGUGCGACGUCGCCCAAGUCGACGCCACCAUCAGACACUUACUCGGCGCCGACGACGCGUAUUACCGUUUCCAGCCAACCGCCGACGUCUUCAGCUGCGAGCUCAACGACGUCUCCCCCGAGACGUCGUCCAAGCUCAAGCACGCCGCCGCCGCGUACAUGGACACCGUCGACGCCCAGGUUCGCGAGCUCGCCGAGAUUCUUCGCAUCGCCGCCGCGCCCUCGCCAUCGAACCGCCCAGACGGCGCGCGAUGA